AUGAUCGAGAAAUCUGUUGAGAUUAAGGAUGAAUUUGGGUAUAUAAGACUCUCUUCGUUCUCGCAAAUAUCUUCUCAUCUCAUCAUCACAAUCACAAUCAUUCACUUCCACUCCAACACUUCAAACACUUUCAACACUUUCAACCCAACAACCUUCAAGAUGUAUGCCUACACUGUCAUCGCUUUCCUCGCCGCUGCUGCCGCUGCUGCCGGCCCUGGCCCUUCCAUCAACACCUGGACUGUUAAGCAGGCUGCCAACUCCUGCGCCAACGGCCAGAGCGUUUACUGCUGCAACAAGGUCACCAACAAGCCUGCUGGCAACUCUGUUGGCGACGGCGCCGGCAUCGCCAACGGCCUCAGCCUCUUCAGCCAGUGCUCCAAGGUCGAUGUCAACGUCAUCGCCAUCGCCAACAACCUCCUCAACAAGGAGUGCCAGGCCAACGCUGCCUGCUGCCAGGACAGCCCCGGCACCGCCGGCGCUGGUCUCGUCAACGCCGCUCUCCCUUGCGUUGCUAUCAGCAACCUUGUCUAA